AUGACUCAUAUGUUCAUCCUGUGUAGGGAUUUUAAUAGCCUCCUAGGAGAGGGUCUUUCUCUAGUAGUACAGUGGCAGGUACCUGGAGGAUCGGGAGACUCACCGCUAGAAGACCAUGAAGUCGAUUAUUCUCACGCUAGAUAUGAAGACACCCCAUGGUGCUCCCCCAUCAAGGUGAGGUAUGGGGAUGUGUACUGCAGGGCCCCUCUUGGAGGAUACUACAGAACAGCCCUGGGAGCCAGGUGUGACAUUCGCUGCCAGAAAGGCUACGAACUUCAAGGCUCUUCUCAGGUGACCUGCCAGCCAAAUAAGCGCUGGUCAGACAAGGCCAUCUGCAAACAAAAGCGAUGUCCUACCCUUGCCAUGCCAGUCAACGGAGGGUUUAAAUGUGUAGAUGGUGCUUACUUUAAUUCACGGUGUGAGUACUAUUGCUCUCCAGGGUACACAUUGAGAGGGGAGCACAGGGUCACAUGUAUGGACAACAAGGCCUGGAGCAGCUCACCAGCCUCCUGUACAGAUAUUGAUCCUCCUACAAUAAAGUGCCCAAGUGUGAAGGAACGUAUUGCUGAACCCAAUAAGCUAACAGUCCGAGUGUCCUGGGACACCCCAGAAGGAAGAGAUACAGCAGAUGGCAUUCUUACUGAUGUUAUUCUAAAAGGCCUCCCUCCAGGCUCACAUUUUCCAGAAGGAGACCACAAGAUCGAGUACACAGUCUAUGACAGAGCAGAGAACAAGGGCACUUGCAAAUUUCGAGUUAAAGUGAAAGUGAAACGCUGUGGCAAACUCAAUGCCCCAGAUAAUGGCUACAUGAAGUGUUCCAGUGAUGGCGACAAUUACGGAGCCACCUGUGAAUUCUCCUGCCUUGGUGGCUAUGAGCUCCAAGGUAGCCCUGCCCGAGUAUGUCAGUCCAACGUGGCUUGGUCUGGUGUAGAGCCCGUCUGUGCAGAGAUGAAUGUUGAUGUGAAUGUCAGAACAGCAGCUGCAUUUCUAGAUCAGUUUUAUGAGAAAAGGAGACUCCUAAUCGUGUCCACACCCACAGCUCGGAACCUCCUUUAUCGAAUGCAGUUGGAAAUGCUGCAGCAAGAACGGUGUGGCUUGGAUCUUCGACACAUCACAGUGGUGGAGCUGGUGGGUGUGUUCCCCAAACUCGUUGGCAGGAUAAAAUCAAAGAUGAUGCCUCCAGCCCUAGCUAUGCAGCUCAGGCUGUUGCUACGAAUCCCACUCUAUUCCUACAGCAUGGUGCUAGUGGAUAAACAGGGCACAGACAAAGAACGCUACAUCUCCCUGGUGACACCCAAGGCCCUCUUCAACCUGAUUGACACUCUUGCUUUGAGAAAAGAGGAGAUGGUCCUGCAAGCCCAAAUGGGCCAGAGCUGUUAACAACUGAUGUGUUGAUGUUCUUUUCUCUGUGGUUCCUCUUCUCUUUUCUAUAUAGUGCUGUGCACAUGGGAAGGCCUUCAAAAUAUCCUUGAUGUACAGAUUUUUAUUUGUAAUUUUUAAAGUCUAUUUUAUUAUGCACUUUCUUUGCCCUUAAAAAUU